CCCCCCGUCGCCGCUGCCGCCCCGGCCGGGAUGCGUCGCCGCAAUGGAUGAGUUCCACCCGUUCAUCGAGGCGCUGCUGCCCCACGUCCGGGCCUUCUCCUACACCUGGUUCAACCUGCAGGCGCGCAAGCGCAAGUACUUCAAGAAGCACGAGAAGAGGAUGACGAAGGAGGAGGAGCGGGCGGUGAAGGACGAGCUGCUGGGCGAGAAGGCCGAGGUGAAGCAGAAGUGGGCCUCGCGGCUGCUGGCCAAGCUGCGCAAGGACAUCCGGCCCGAGUGCCGCGAGGACUUCGUGCUCUCCGUCACCGGCAAGAAGCCGGCGUGCUGCGUCCUCUCCAACCCCGACCAGAAGGGCAAGAUCCGCCGCAUCGACUGCCUGCGGCAGGCCGACAAGGUGUGGCGGCUCGACCUGGUCAUGGUGAUCCUCUUCAAGGGCGUGCCGCUGGAGAGCACCGACGGCGAGCGCCUCGUCAAGGCGCCGCACUGCGCCAGCCCGGGCCUCUGCGUGCAGCCCCGCCACAUCGCCGUCGCCGUCAAGGAGCUCGACCUCUACCUGGCCUACUUCGUCCACGGCCCCGAAUCGGGACAGACGGACGGCGCGAACCAGCAAGGGGAGGCCGACAUCAAACCGCUGCCCAACGGGCACCUGGUCUUCCAGGAGAGCUUCGUCACCUCGGGCGUCUGGAACGUGGCCGAGCUGGUGCGCGUGUCCCAGACGCCGGUGGCGGCGGCGUCGGGCCCCGGCUUCUCGCUGGCCGACCUGGAGAGCCCCGGCUACUACGGCCUCGGCCAGGUGGCCCUGGGCCGCCGCGCCCUCCCCGCCCCCCCCGCCGCCAGCAAGCGGCCCAAGGCGCUGGAGGAGGCCGAGCUGGAGGGCGACGACGGCGGCUUCUACCCGGGGGGGCCGGGGGGGCCGGGGGGGCCGGGCCGCUCCCCCGCCCCCGGCAGCAGCCAGGGCGCCUGGGCCCCCGACGGCGACGCCGGCCCGGGCGCCCUGAAGAAGUCGGGGAAGCUGGACUUCUGCAGCGCCCUGUCGGGGCACGGGGCCACCCCCCGCAUGGCCUUCGGCCACCACCCGCUGCCCGUCCUCGCCGGCGUGCGGCCAGGCAGCCCCCGGGCGCCGGCGUCGGCGCUGCACUUCCCGUCGGGCUCGCUGCUGCCGCAGGCGGGGCCCUACUUCGCCCACCCCACCAUCCGCUACCACCCGCACGGCCAGGACUCGCUCAAGGAGUUCGUGCAGUUCGUCUGCGCCGACGGCGCCGCCCCGGCCCCCGCCCAGCAUUCGCAGCGCCAGGCUCCGCCGCUGCCAACCGCUUUGUCGGCCUCGGACCCCGGGACGGCAACUUUCUAAACCUCCCCCAGCAGGCGCAGUCCUGGUUCCUCUGAUGGCGUCGCCGGCGGAGGAGGAGGAGGAAGAAGAGGAGGAGGAGGAGGAGGAAGAAGAAGGAGGAGGAGGAGGAGGAGGAGGAGGAAGAAGAGGAGGAGGAGGAAGAAGAGGAGGAGGAGGAAGAAGAGGAGGAGGAGGAGGAGGAGGAGGAGGAGGAGGAGGAGGAGGAAGGUGCCGCCGCCGCCGCCGCCCGCGGGGGAGGAGCCCGAACGGGAGGAAAAAGCCGGAAAGCGGCCGAAACCCCCCCAAAAAAAGCCGCCGCCGCCGCCGGCCCCCGACGAGGAUGAGGGUUCGGCCUCUCCGAUGGCCCCCCCGGCCCCCCCCGCGGCGCCCCCCCCCCCGGCACGGCCCCCCCCCCCCGGCGCUGCGGCGAGGGCGGUUCGGGGGGGUGGGGAAGCCGGGGGGGGGCGUUGCGCAUGCUUGCACACGCGUGUGCUCACGUGUGCACAUCCCCGGGCACGGGCGCUCGCGUGCUGGUGCGCAGGUUUGCACGUGUGUGCACACGCGUGUGCAAAUGAUCAGCCACGCGGUCGCAUGCGUGUGCGCAUCGUGCACGUGUGCACGCGCUAAGGCCGUGUGCUGCUCAGUGUGUGCACACGCGUGUGCACGUGCUCCCCACACACGCGCUCACGCACACGCGGGUGCACGUGCACGCGUGUCCGCAUCCCCGUGCACAGGCGCUCGCACGCUUGCACGCCUGUGCACAUGCCUGCGCACACGCUAAACCCGCGUGCUCACGUGCAUGUGCACAUGCUCCCACACACGUGCACAUGCACACGCAGGUGCAGGCGCACACGUGUGCGCAUCCUCGUGCAUGGGAGCUCAUGUGCCUGUGCACAUGCUUGCACGCGUGUGCACGUGCACAGCCUCACCCACGUGGUCACGCGCGUGUGCACACGCUGAACCCACGAGCUCACAUG